GAUUUUCCCUGUGGCAUUUCGCGAAUGAAUGCUGUCUGGAUAGAGGUGGGCCGUGACCCUGCGUGUCGACGCGAGCGAUGUAAACACCGCGCCCCGUGCGUCACAUUAAUGUGAUUGUUUUGUGACAGGGAGUGACCACAACGCGUCGCUAAUUUAGUCGAGCUCCAUCUCUUGCACUGACAUCAUGAAACUUGCUGUUCUAGUGCUAUUUCUCGUAACAUCCACAGUUUCUGGACGCACCCAUGGUUCCAGCCACUCUAGACAUGGAGGCUCGCAUAGCUAUCCUCACAGUACUGGUUAUUCAGGAUAUGGCAGUGGAGGUUCUCAUACGUAUCCUCACUCGACAGGAUUGUCAGGCAACUCAAAUAGUGGCAAUGUGAGACAGACGUACACUCAGCAGCACAACGUCAACCACAACUCUUAUGUUGCACACACAGAAGUUUACCACCACUAUAAUUACAACCCGCCACAGCAAAUAAGCUACGGGUCUACCUACCAUCCCGUGUACCAAGGCCACCCGCCUGUCUACGUGUACGAGUAUCGGGACUCGGGCAGCAGAUUCGACAACUUGCUGACUGGACUGGCGCUGUAUAAUCUGGGACGCAGCAGUGAAAUGCAUCAUCAUUAUGAUGCUGACAGGCAGUACAGUGGAAGCCCAGGAGAGAUAUGCAAGCUGGGUAUCAGUAAACGAACUGGUGAGUACGAGGAGACUCGUAUCAACUGCAAUUUGAUGUCGAGCUUUAUUCUGGAGGAUGUGUCGGUCCCGCACCGGAACGACCAACAACAGCAACAUGUUGUGAAGAAUACAACUCAAGUACAAGUGACGCAGACGGUGAACGGCACGGGAAAUUCUUCAUUGACUACAGUGACAGUAACUAGCAAUACGGUUGAGGAUGCCUUGAAGGUGAAAGGUCCCUCUAUAACAGUUACACCAGGCAUGACUUGUUAUAUGAUCAGGAUCUUUAGGGACUCAUCUUUCAGGAAGCCCGUAGAUUGUGGACUCUUACAAGAGUAUGCUAGGAGUUCCUUACAUCGUAACGGUGAGUUACGAUUGAUGCCUCAAGUAACACUACUAUUAAAUGUUGUGUUAAUUUAUUUAGUGCGAUAUAAUUAAAAAAGCCUUAAAAUUAUUUAAAAUUUUCUACUAAAUGUUUUGAGAAUUUGUCUGUAACGAGCAUAUCUCUCGCGGCUUGUUCAUGUAAGUUAUGAAAUACAUAAUUAUUAUCGUAUUGAUGUCUGAAUAAGUUAUUGUUGUAGAUGCCAACUAUGUUAACUACUUACUGAAUAAAACUUUACUGCAAGCUGCAAGUGAGAGAACUUAAAAAAUGUCAUUUUAUAAUUCUUUCUUAUAAGGAAAAGCUAACAAGUACAUAUCUACAUUUAUGUCUAGUUAGUAGUAACUACAAACUGUAGGUAUAAUUGUAGAACUACAAACACGUGAUAGAUAAUUUGAGUUGCAACUAUGCAAACACCAUCGACUUUAUCCGAGUCUUUAAUAGAACAAAAAGUCGAUGAAACUGUUUGUAAGCUGUUAGGCAGUGACAUUUGAUAGAAUUGACCUAUUUAAUUGAACUUUAGCGUCAAUGUGUGUGUGUGUCUAGAACGACAAAGGUGAAAGCGACUGACCUUUCAAUAAAGUGCUGAAUUGUGUAACAAGACACAUAUUAGAAUAGUUUGCAGAAAUAAGCAUAGUGUACCUAAACUGUAUUGAAUAGAGAACAUUUGUUGAUAUCUUCUGUAAAGAAAACAUAAAAUACAAUCCUUUUUUACUUAAAUACUUAAGAUGUAAUUAAACUAGCCAGGUACCUUCUGACUAGUUCAUAAGCUUGUACAGAUUUACGCUGUUUUCGUAACUUCUGCAUACUUCGAAAAAUAAAAUUGACAAACGUAAAGUAUAAAAUGUUUUAUUUAUAAAAUAUGCCUAAUAUAAUUAGUUUAACUCAGAUAACAUGCACGAUAACAACUAAAAUAAUACCUAUCAAAAUUUAAUAUAAGUACACAGAUUAUAAUAUUAAUGCCGAAAUAAUGAACGUCACUCAAUUUUAAGUCGCA